AUGCGCUUCACCGCUGUUACCAUUGCCUUCCUCGCCGGCCUGGCCGCCGCUCUCCCCGGUGCUGAGUCCACCGUCACCGAGGUUGAGGAGGUCACCAUCACCUCGUGCGCUCCCACCGUCACCGACUGCCCUGCCAGACAGACUGGUGUUGGUGCCACCGGCAGCCCCGCCCCCAUCAUGACCACCGCCCCCGGUGGUGCUAUGCCCUCCGGCAGCUGGUCCAGCGCCCCUGCUCCCAUCCCCAGCUCCGUUGCUCCCGUCCCCGCUGGUCCCUCCGUGACUGUCGUCCCUGUUGUUCACACCACCUGCGCUGCCGUGACCUCCUGGUCGACCGUUGUCGUUCCCACCGCCUCCUCCCCCGUUGGCGGCACCGGCGGCGUCCCCCACGUCCCCUCCAGCGUUCCCGUUGCUAGCGGCACCGCCAGCGCCACCCCCUCCGCCACCCCCGCCUUCAACGGUGCCGGUGCUCUCUCCGGCUCCGUCGGCUUCGCCGGUCUUGCCGCCGCCGCCGCCUUCUUCCUGGCAUAA